CUUCUUCCCCUACCUAUGCUUGUCCACGACAACGGAGCUCAACCACCAAGACCUCUGUUUUAGGGUUAGGGUUUUAUUUAAUCUGCUCCGCUUUCUACGCUACCCCUUUGAAAAAUAUCGUCAAGUUCCAAGAGGUUUUUGAUUAUUUCUAUUUCGAAAGACUGUGUGGUGUUGAGCUGGAUGAUGGUGGUUUUUAGUUGACUAAUGGGAAUGGGCUUGCAGCUUUUGGUGGAAUGUAUUAAUCAGCAAUGCUUGUUUACUGCAUGUGGGUUGGGAAUGCGCAGGUCCUUUUGAGUCCUGAAAUUUGAAAUUUCAUGGUAAAUUUUGGUGUUUCUUUGAGUUCUUGUGUUUGAUUGUUAUUUUCUGUCCGAGAAAAUGAUGGAUGGGCGGCGGCAUUCUGUUGAUCUUCCUAUUUCUAAAACUCUUGUGGCACUGAGGAGGGUGAGGUCUCUAAGGGAUCCAUCAACUAAUUCUAUGAGCAAAUUCUCUGCUCCACUUGAGAAUGUAAAUUGGGAAACAAAUUCAAGUAAUGACAUUUCAAUGCGAUUCACGAAUACUUUCCAAGAAGGUGGCUCUGACCAACAUCGUUCUUUGAGACCAAAGAAUUUGGGUUUCUACAGACACAGAGGAGAUUUCUUAGAUGAUUUUGAGCUAGAUUGUGAUUUGGAAAAAUCUAGGUUGAUCUUGCAUGAGAAUUCAGAGUGGGUUGGAAGCACAGGGAGUCGUCCUAUUAGGAGCAAACAGGCUGAAGAAUUUGAUUUUUCAGAAUCAGAUAAGGAAGAGGUUUGUGGAAAUAAAUCACUCAGUGAUAGAUACUGCAGUAGUCAAAUGGAUACAGGAUUGGUCUUGACACGUGUCAAUACUUUGGAGGAUGUGGAUUAUGAAGCAGAUGUCAGAUCAUCAUAUUUAGAAAGAACAGAUCAGAUUACAUCAAAGCGAAAAUCACAGUGCAACAAUCGUGUAAAUUCAUGUGGGGAAGUUGGUGAGGUUACAAGUGAAGUAGGCAGUCCAUGCCCCUCAGCUAGUGAUGCUAUAUCAAGCCAUAGUGCAUCUUUAUUUGCAAAUGAAGCGGUUGAUGCUGUAGAUUGCAAUCGUCCUAGUUGUGAGGUCAGCUGCUGCUGGUCAAGAACCCCUAGAUUCAGAGAAGCUAACCGUUCUUUGGAUGUAGAUGAAUAUCCUUUGUUAUACAAGAAUGUAGAUGAGAGUGUACUUUAUGAGCAGAGGAGCUUGAAACACAUUGGUAAUAAAACUAACCCACUAUCAGAAAAUCCUAGGAGUCUGAGUCAGAAAUUCAGGCCAAAUUUUUUUAAUGAAUUGGUGGGACAAAAUUUAGUAGCGAGGUCUCUUUUGGGUGCUAUCUCUAGAGGAAGAAUAACCUCAGUCUAUAUGUUCCAUGGCCCGCGUGGUACAGGAAAGACAUCUGCCUCAAGGAUUUUUGCUGCGGCACUAAAUUGCCUUUCACAUGAGGAGCAUAGGCCAUGUGGUCUCUGCUGUGAAUGUGUUUCCUUCUUUUCUGGAAGGAGUAGAGACAUUAAGGAAGUAGAUUCUGUGAGAAUCAAUCGAAGAGACAGGGUUAGAUCCCUUAUUAAGAAUGCAGCUAUACCUCCAGUUUCGUCACGUUUUAAGGUUUUCAUUAUUGAUGAGUGCCACUUGAUGCGUGGGGAAACAUGGGCGACUGUUUUGAAUAGCAUAGAUAACCUUUCUCAACAUGUUGUCUUCGUGAUGAUCACUCCUGACAUCGAUAAGCUUCCACGAAGUGCAGUGUCACGGUCUCAAAGAUAUCACUUUCCAAAGCUUAAAGAUGCUGAUGUUGCAAAAAAAUUAGGGAAAAUCUGUGUUGAAGAGGGUCUUGAAUUUGAUCAAGGUGCUUUAGGCUUCAUUGCUUCCAAUUCAAAUGGUUCUCUUAGGGAUGCAGAGAUGAUGCUUGAUCAGCUAAGUUUGCUUGGUAAAAAAAUCACAAUGGCCCAGGCAUACGAAUUUAUUGGAGUUGUCUCCGAUGAUGAAUUACUUGGUUUGCUUGAUCUGGCAUUAUCAUCUGACACAUCUAGUACAGUAAUAAGGGCCAGGGAGUUGAUGAGAUCCCGGGUUGAUCCCAUGCAACUCAUAUCGCAGCUGGCAAAUCUUGUUAUGGAUAUUCUAGCUGGUAAAUGUCAGGAUGGUGCUUCUGAAGUCCAGAAAAGGUUCUCUAGCAGGCAUACAUCUGAGGUGGACUUGCAGAAACUGAGUCAUGCUUUGAAAAUAUUCUCUGAAACUGAGAAGCAAUUAAGGGUGUCCAAAAAUCAAAUGACAUGGCUUACUGCAGCUCUGCUGCAGCUAAGCUCUGUGGAGUCUUCUUCCUUGGAUGGUAAUGAUACAAAGUUGUGUUUGAGAAGUACGCAAGACAGAGGGGAGAGCUUCAAGACCCUUGUCACUUGUUCAUGCAAUGUCGAUAUACCGGACAAGUUGGGAAUGCAGAAGGAUAGUGAUGGAAAGUUGGAAUCCAUAUGGAAGAGAGCUACAGAUUCAUGCCAAUCCAAUUCACUCAAGAAUUUUCUGAAGAAACAAGGAAAAUUAUCUUCCUUGCUUGUUAGCCAAGGUUUAGCAAUUGCUGAAUUGGAAUUCUGCCAUCCUGAUUAUGUAUCUAAGGCUGAGAAGUCAUGGAAGAUCAUUGCCAGUUCACUUCAAUCUAUAUUUGGUUGUAAUGUGGAGGUCAGGAUCAAUCUUGUACCUUGUGCUUCUGAUUCUAAGUAUGCAAAAGUGAAGAAGCCAUCUUUUAGGUUGUUCAGCUGUUCCCGCAGAAUACAGCAGAAGUCACAAUCAUCUACUGGACGUGGAAGUGAUUCAGACUAUUCUGAGUACACAUCUGAAAAGCAUAUAAGUAACAGACCUAUUUUACAUUCCUCUGAUUGUGCCUAUCAAAUGCCACAUAACUGCCGUGACAGAAUGGUGGUUGUAAGUACCUUGAGAAAUAGUGAAGGAAAUAUACUCAGCACAAGGACUGCCUCAUCCCGUAGAUCAUUUGAAGAUGAUACAUCAAAGGCACCCGGGUUAAUGGUUGAUUCUUCGAAGGAAGAGGAUAGCAACCAUGAAAGCCAGGUUUUAUCGUCUGAAGAACCUGAACAUCAACCAAACUGUUUCCCUAGGACUAUGAGGCUUCAGAAGAAGUUGCAUUCAUCAGAUGCUUCCCAGAUGACAUUUUGCACCAAACUACAGAACAGGUUUGCGCCAAGCAGGACAUCUUUUGAAACAUGUCUUGUGGGAAAUGAUUCAUAUGUCUUCUGCAGUGGCUCUUGUAGCAACAUUGACAGCUAUAAAGAUGAGGAUGCAUUGAAGGAAAACUCAGGUUUGCUUUGUUGGAGAACCCCUACCCUUCCCUUGGGAAAGGCUUGGCAGCUGAGGCAUCAACGACAAAAUUCACACCCUGGUUGUUGGGUCCUUCCCUGUGCGACUGCUAAGUAGUUCUACAAAGGAGUACCUGAGAGAUAGCUGUAAUUUAUGAUGGCCGCAGAGGAGCUUCAAAGAAAUUCAUGCCUUGGACAUUUCUCUUUUGUAGGUCUUAUAUUGCAAUUGCAUGAGGUUGUCAUUGAUGUUAUAGAUAUUUUCGGGAACCAGAUUCAUGGUUAUAUAUAGUAUAUAGCAAGAACUGUUUUUUCUUCCAUCUA